UAGAAAAUGCAGGGAAGCAACCAGUAAGUAAUAAGUAUAAGCUCGCUUCGCAAUGAAGGUGGAAGAAGUGCUUUGCAUGCUUGGAGGAACCGGAGAUGACAGUUAUGCUACAGUCUCCAAGCUUGAGGACCAAACCGUAGCAAAUGUUAUAUUAAUAAUGAAACGAUCAGUAGAGGACCUGUACCACGAUUUCCUCCCGGAGAAUUACAUGGUCGUCGCCGACUUGGGCUGCUCGUCAGGGCCGAACACGUUCAUGUAUUUCUCUCAGAUCAUGGACGCCAUAAGAGAGAGCUGCGACCGCCUGAGCCAUCGCCCGCCGGAGCUCCACCUCCUCUUGAACGACCUCCCGGGAAACGACUUCAACACCCUCUUCGGACUCUUCACGUCGAGCGUGGAGAAGAUGAAGGAGGAGAAGGGAGAGAAGUUUUUGCCUUUUUACCCCGCAGGGGUCCCUGGAUCGUUCUAUGGGAGGUUGUUUCCUACAAGGAGCGUUCACUUCAUGUAUUCAUGCCUUAGCCUUCACUGGCUCUCCCAGGUUCCUCAAGGACUGGAGAGCAAGGCAAAUAUUGCAGUGAACAAAGGAAAUAUUUAUAUCUCAAAGACAAGCCCUCCUCUUGUUUCCAAAUUGUACUUGGAGCAAUUUCAGAGAGAUUUUCAUUUAUUCCUCAAGCUUCGAUCCGAAGAAAUGUGCUCCGCGGGACAAAUGGUCUUAAUGUUCUUCGGUCGGAGAACUUCGGACCCCGCGGAAGAAGAAAAUAACUACAUUUGGACUUUGCUCACUAAGGCUCUCAAUGACAUGGCCCUGGAGGGGAUUAUAAAAGCUUCUGAUGUGGAUUCAUUCAAUCUACCGUAUUAUCAACCUUGCAUGGAAGAAGUGAAGAUGGUCACUCGAGACGAAGGAUCGUUCGACGUCGUGCACGAGCACGUUUUCGAUCUGAAUUGGGAAGCUCUCAGCAACUUGGAUGAGAAAUCCCUCGUCGACAACUUUGCAAGUGCGGAGUUUCUGGCAAAGAUCAUAAGAUCAGUUGCAGAAUCCCUAUUAGCACCUCACUUCGGCAAGGCCAUAAUCGACGAAUUAUUUUCGAGAUUCACAGCAAUAGUUGCGGAGCACAUCAAAAAGGAGAAGGGGAAGUUUGUUAUUUUGAUAGUAUCUGUGAGAAGGAGAGGGUAACUUCUUGAAAGAUGAGGUGCAAAUGAUGAACUUAAUAAGCCUUACUUUUGUCGCCGGUUUUAGUUGUCUAUCACAAUCCAUACUUCAUAUGGCUUGUUUCACUAAUAAUGCACAAUUAAAUAUUGUGCACAAGAUCUUUCUUUCCUUUUUUAAGAAGAAUAUUGUGCAAUGGAGUAACCGUGUUUCCCUUUGUACCAAUUCUCUGUUUUCUGCGUCAAAUUGUAAUCUUAAUUGUUUCCCUUUAUCCCACAAUCAGGAAAAUACGUUCUAAGAUAUUAAUUACCAAGAUGUAACUGUCCCUAAUAAAUGAACCAAGUUUUCGGACUGCAUAAAUUGUGGCUCCGAGAACAAAGGACAUGAGU